CCAGCCGAGAGGAGGUAGGGAUCUGCGCGCCUGCGUUCCGGCACCAGUUCUACUUGGCCAGUUCCCUGGAAAGUAACUCCGGGGUUUUACGAGAAUAAAUCCAGAAUCGAGUGGGGGUUUUUAUUGUGGAUAAUCCGAACAAACCUUUCAUUCAGUGUUUAUAUUCACCACUCAACGUUUUAGUGUUGUGUUGCAAAACGAUUUAACUAAAAGAUACUGAUUAGGGAAGUGUGUUUUCACUCCAGCCUAGUCUGGAAAUCUAACUCGUUUCGGGAUAGUGUCUGUAACUGAAAUGUAAACAUAAACGAACCUAAUGGCGUUCAGCGUAGCAAAAAAUCAAAUACGCGUUACCCAUAAACUCAGAAGCAAAAAACUGUUUUAAACAAACGGAAAAUAAAAAAUUAUUUUCAGACUUCCUUAACUGAUUCGUGAGGUGGUAAAAUAAAAAGUGCAAAGAAAAAAAAACAGGAAAGUUACUUUAAUCCGGAUUCGUUUCUGGUUGUAUACAUAGAGAUAAGUUACAAAUAUGAAUUCGUGUAAGGAAGUGUGUCUGGGUGUCAUAGUUACCCUGAUUUUUACAGCUGCUGCUUCUCCUGCUCACGGUACGGCGCCAUAUGACGUGUCUACAAUCAACGAUGGAGGACGCCAGGGCGAAGAAGGAUCGGAACAGCACCAGAUCACCUGGGGGAGACCCAACACCAACACUGCCUAUUUCGAUGACAACACCGCCACGAACGUCACGGCCGUCGUGGGUCAGAAGGCAAUGCUGCCUUGCAAGGUCCUCAACCUCGACAAGAGAGACGUAUCCUGGAUAAGACAGCGAGAUCUUCACAUACUGACAGUGGGAAUAUUCACCUACACUAGUGAUGACAGAUUCCAGGUCUACCACCCGGAGAAUAGUAACGAGUGGUUUCUGGAGAUCAGCUCAGUGACCUUUCGUGACGCCGGGACCUACGAAUGCCAGGUCUCCACCAGUCCUAAGAUAUUUCUACCAGUGACUCUCACAGUAGAAGUCCAGCAAGCAAAGAUCAACGGACCGAAAGAGAUCUACAUCCAGAACGGCUCGACCAUCAAGCUCACCUGCAUCGUGAACACCCACGCAGAGAACGUCGGUUCAGUGACCUGGUACAGAGACACGACGGAGCUCGACUACGAUUCCCCAAGGGGCGGGGUCAGCCUGGAGAUAGAGAAGACGCCCCUGAGGACAACCUCGAAGCUAUUUCUCACUCGGGCAGUGAAGGCGGAUUCCGGGAACUACACUUGCGCGCCCCAAUUUGCUGAUUCGGCGGUGGUCGUCGUACACGUAGUGAAUGGCGAGGAAUCAGCUGCCGUGCAAACAGCCAAUUCCAUGACUUUGCACAGCGACAUCCGAAUACUCUUCUGGUGUCUCCUAAUGCUGCUGUUAUAUCAUGCAGCACGGUGACCCAUUUGCCUGAAUGGACUGCAGCAUUAUUAGUUUGAACACCUCGUCACCGUAGAAUAAAAUAAAAAAUUCAUUUCGACACUCACUGGAAGGAUAGAAAAAAACACACAUCAUCAACACUUCGCAAACCUGCCUUGACGUAUCUUUUGUUUUCUUGUUUUUUAGAGCAACUUUAGUAUCCCCUCUUCUUCUUAUGCUUCAAUUAUUCUUGUUUUACUUUUUUCCUCUAUCUCCUUCAUCAGAUCCUUCUUCUCAAUUUUUCAUUUUUCACCACUUCCUCCUGUUACUCAUUCUCAAUAACAACCUCGGCAGAAACCCAGGAUGGGUCCUUUCCUUGGCAACCCGAAAAAGUGAAGAACUAUCGCCUCUGAGACCAGCAACGUGGAAAGGUCUCUUCACCACUGAAAGGUACUCACAAAGUACUCAUCACACCAGCCAGAAAGGAAUGAGGUUACUCAACUAAAAACUAUCAUCAAGGAAAUUUCGCUUCAGCUCUUCCUCGGUUCGACCAUACUUAUUUCUGUGUAAGCCUUGGAAAGAGAGAAAGAUUUCGUGUAUGUAUGUACGUUAAGUAUGUAUGUGCGAUGUGCAUAUAACUAUAUGGCCGCAUAUGU